AUGUCUAAGGUUAAGCGCAUCGUCGCCCUCCUAGGGUUCUCAUCGGCUGUUCUAGCCAGCCCGUUCUUGGCGAAGAAUUCCAACGAAGGGUCUAUCGUUCCCGAUAAGUACAUCAUUCGCGUUGCCCCAGGCACCUAUAAUACGGAUUUUGAGAGCCACUUGAGCUGGGUCGCCAGCGUUCACAAACGCAGUUUGACUCGUCGGAGUACUGUUGGAGUCGAGAAGACGUUCAGCAUCGGGAACUUCAAGGCUUACGCCGGAGAGUUCGAUGCGGAGACCGUUGCAGAGAUUGAAAAGGACGGAUAUGGGCGUGCCAUUCGAGGCUACAAUGCCUGGGCACCCAAUUAUCCUUUCGAGGACGAGUUCGGUCACGGUUCCCAUGUUGCGGGUAUCAUUGGCGCAGCUACAUAUGGCGUGGCGAAGAAAGCGACCGUCAUCGAUGUCAAGGUCGUUCGGGGUCUUGGCUACUCUACCGUUGCUCAUGUGCUGGAUGGGUACAGCUGGGCCGUCAACAACAUUACCAACACCCCCGGACGGGUCUCUAAAGCUGUCAUCAACAUGAGUCUAGCAUUUCCCAAAAGCGACGCGAUGAACUCGGCAGUAGAUGCAGCUUUCGAUCUUGGUGUCACAACCGUGGUCGGUCCUGGAAACGAUGGCAAGGACGCUUCGGCCAAGUCUCCUGCUUCUGCCCAGAAAGCCAUCACAGUCGGCGCGAUCGCCUGGAAUUGGAGUCGGGCAGACUGGAGCAACUUUGGACCCGACGUUAACAUCUUUGCGCCCGGUCUUGACAUUCCGUCGCUUUGGAGGCAGCCUGGGCAGGUGUCGGUGGUUUCUGGAACAUCAAUGGCAACACCUCAUGUCGCCGGACUCGUUGCAUAUCUCCAGGCAUUGUUUCCUCUUGAGAAUGCGGCAGCCGUUGUAGAGAAGUUGAACGAGCUUGCGGUCAAAGGCGUUGUUGGAAAUUCGGGAAGUGGGAGCGCGAACAUCCUCGCUCACAGCGGUGUUGUCUCCGUCUGA